GCCGCGCCUGCGCCCUGGGCUUUCUCUGGAGCGUCCCGGCCGGAGCCGGGCGGAGCUGGAGCUGGAGCGGGCGCGGGGCUGCGCGGCGUUCGCCUGAGUCGCGGGCGGAGCGGCGAGCGGCCGGCGGAGGGUCCCGAGUCCCGAGCUCCCGAGCGGCCGCUGGCUGGAUGGGAAGUUCAUGGUGACGGCGACGUCCACCACCCCAGGUUUCCAAGGGCACAUAAACAGUAAGAAUUGCUGAGGAGAACAGACUAGCCUGCUGCCUGGAAGAGGCCCAGACCUGCCUGAAGGAGAUACUCUCUGACCUGUUGAGCUGGGUGCAGUGAACCUGAGGGUCCGGCUUGGUGAUGUAGCUGCCUUUGCCUUGUCCCCGCCCCAGCCUUCUCACCCAUACUCCUGUGAACAAUCUGAAUAAACUCCCUGGCUCACCAGAUUGGAUGUCGGCGAUGUCAUUCUUUUGGUCCUGUUGAGGUUCCCUCCUGAGGUGAAUGGAUGUUUGUUUUGAGUCUCCAGGAAAAGUAUCACAUGGAAAUAGUGGCGACAGACAAGGUGGCGGAAAAGCUGAGCUCUACUCUCUCAUGGGUGAAGAACACAGUCUCGCAUACAGUCAGUCAGAUGGCCAGUCAGGUGGCCAGUCCAUCUGCGUCAUUACACACGACAUCCUCAUCCACCACACUGUCAACACCAGCACUUUCGCCGGCCUCCCCUUCAAAGUUGAGUCCAGACGACUUAGAACUCCUGGCUAAGCUGGAGGAACAAAAUCGCUUGAUAGAGACGGAUAGCAAGUCUUUAAGAUCUGUGAAUGGGUCACGAAGAAACAGUGGCUCUUCUCUUGUAUCAAGUUCCUCUGCCUCCAGCAACCUCAGUCACCUGGAAGAAGACUCUUGGAUUCUGUGGGGAAGAAUUGUGAACGAAUGGGAUGAUGCGCGCAGGAAGAGAGAGAAGCAAGUGAAGGAGCUUGUUCGUAAAGGGAUACCCCACCACUUCAGAGCAAUCGUUUGGCAGCUUCUAUGUAACGCGCAGAGUAUGUCAAUUAAGGACCAGUAUUCAGAACUCCUGAAAAUGACUUCACCUUGUGAAAAACUGAUCCGAAGAGACAUUGCUCGAACUUACCCAGAGCACAACUUUUUUAAGGAAAAAGACAGCCUUGGACAGGAGGUUUUAUUUAAUGUGAUGAAGGCCUACUCCUUGGUGGAUCGCGAGGUUGGCUACUGUCAAGGCAGCGCUUUCAUAGUGGGACUGUUGCUUAUGCAGAUGCCAGAAGAAGAAGCUUUUUGUGUGUUUGUUAAAUUAAUGCAAGACUACAGACUUCGUGAACUCUUUAAACCAAGCAUGGCAGAAUUGGGCCUUUGUAUGUACCAGUUUGAAUGCAUGAUACAGGAACAUCUUCCAGAGCUCUUCGUACAUUUUCAGUCUCAGAGUUUCCACACAUCAAUGUAUGCGUCAUCCUGGUUUCUGACUAUCUUUCUUACAACAUUCCCAUUACCAAUCGCAACAAGGAUAUUUGAUAUCUUUAUGUCUGAGGGUUUAGAAAUAGUGUUUCGAGUCGGAGUAGCACUUCUUCAAAUGAAUCAGACAGAAUUAAUGCAACUUGACAUGGAAGGAAUGUUGCAGCAUUUUCAGAAGGUCGUUCCACAUCAGUUUGAUGGUGGCCCAGACAAAUUGAUCCAGUCAGCUUACCAAGUCAAAUACAACUCAAAAAAAAUGAAAAAACUUGAAAAAGAAUACACUACGAUAAAAACGAAAGAGAUGGAAGAGCAAGUUGAAAUUAAAAGGUUACGUACAGAAAAUAGGCUUUUAAAACAACGCAUUGAAACAUUAGAAAAAGAAAGUGCUUCCUUGGCAGAUAGAUUGAUACAGGGACAAGUGACAAGAGCCCAGGAGGCUGAGGAAAACUACCUCAUAAAACGGGAGUUGGCCAGCAUCAGACAGCAGAGUGAUGAGGCCAGCGCUAAGCUGGAGCAGGCUGAAAGCACCAUCCGGGAGCUCCGGCACCGGCACCACUGGCAUAAAUGCAGCUCUUCCUACAACGAAGAUUUCGUGCUGCAGCUGGAGAAGGAGUUGGUCCAAGCCAGGCUGAGUGAGGCUGAGUCUCAAUGCGCCCUGAAGGAGAUGCAGGACAAAGUGCUGGACAUAGAGAAGAAGAACAACUCGUUUCCUGAUGAGAACAACAUCGCGAGGCUUCAGGAGGAGCUCAUAGCUGUGAAGCUGAGAGAGGCGGAAGCCAUUAUGGGUUUGAAGGAACUUCGACAGCAAGUCAGAGAUCUAGAAGAACACUGGCAACGUCAUUUAGCCCGAACUUCUGGAAGAUGGAAAGACCCGCCCAGGAAGAACACUGUGAAUGAGUUACAAGAUGAGCUGAUGAGCAUCCGCCUCAGAGAAGCAGAGACCCAGGCAGAAAUGAGAGAGAUGAAGCAGAGGAUGAUGGAGAUGGAGACACAGAACCAGAUCAAUAGUAACCAGCUUCGAAGAGCAGAACAAGAGGUCACCAGUCUGCAGGAGAAGGUGCAUUCUCUUUCUGCGAAGAACAAAGGGUUGCUUACCCAGUUAAGUGAGGCAAAGCGCAGACAGGCAGAGAUUGAAUGCAAGAACAAGGAGGAAGUCAUGGCUGUGAGGCUCCGGGAAGCUGACAGCAUAGCCGCCGUGGCUGAACUGAGGCAGCAGAUCGCUGAGCUUGAAAUUCAGAAAGAAGAGGGCAAGCUCCAAGGGCAGCUUAGCAGGGCCGACUCCAGCCAGUGCAUUCGGGAGCUGAAGGAUCAGAUAGCAGAGCUGACUCAUGAGCUCAGGUGCCUAAAAGGCCAGAGGAACUUCUCCAGCCAACCACCUUUUGAUGGAAUCCACAUCGUCAGCCAUUUGAUAAGAGAGGAUGAGUCCUCCCCCUCCUCAGACGAAGAGUUCAUGGAUGGUUCCUUACAGGAAAGUGGCCUUGCAUUUCCUCUGCGUGGAAAGUCUGGCUCCAUGUCUCUGGAUCCGGCUUUGGCAGACGGCAGUGAGAGCGAAGCGGAAGAUGGCAUGCCGGGAACGCAGCCCCCACAGAGAGAGUCCUACUCCACCACGGUCUGACCAUCACUGUGACAGCCUGAGACAAGAUCGGGGCCACCCUCUGUCCUGUGUGUGUAUCUAUGUCUGUUUUUACAGCCUCACGUGACUGCCAAACGUUCACUGAAUUUCCAUUGCCACAGUAGACUGGAGUAUGCUAAUUGGUAAAUGGAGUUCUAACAGUAUUACAGAAUAUUCAUUUUUUCAUAUUUAGAAAAUACUGCUAUGUCUAAAUGUAAGAACCAUUUUAAAAAUCAGAACUGUGGGAAAUUGGGUUUUCUUUAAACAAACUGCCCUGUGCCGUAUUCUGUCCUCACUGAUCACAGUGUACAUUGGUGUUCCUCAUUCUGUUUCCACGGUGGCUCCUCUAGACAUCCAGCCAAAACACAGAGGUGGUUCAACUUGUGUUUUGAGGAUAUUUUUUCUUCACUAAAAUUGUAGUUCUGUUAGUAGGUCAUUGAAGAUUGUCAAACACAACUUUUUUUCUGUAUAAUUUCUUAACACAAAGUAAUCAUCGUCUGUUCUGAAAGUUUUUUGUUUCAGUUUCUACAUUUUGUGUGUAUCAUACUUCUGUGUGUCAGGAUAGUAGCAGGCUAGCUGCAGAUAUAUUAUUUGUACAUAUUUGUAAGUUCGUAUCGCCCGGCAUUGGACAUCCUCUUACACGAGGAGCAAGCGUUGACAGUGACCGUUGCCAGCAUUCUAACAGGACUUCUGUAAAUAGCAGCGUAAAGAAACUAAACACGGACCAGACACUACUGUUGGGGCAGCUGUGGUAGCCUGUACUCAGCGGAUCCUGACUGAUCGCUGUUCAAACACUACUGGUGAAGUCCUUGACUCCAUCCGUGACUAAUAAACUCCGCGAUCAAUGAGGUCAUAGCACAUGAUAAUUCAUGCCAAUCUAUUUAAUGUAGUUUAGCACUAGAAUAAGUUCCAAAAUGCACAACAAAUACAUCUGAGGGGGGAUCUGAGUAUUUAAAUCCUCUAGUUUCUGAUUGACAGGUAAAGCCAUAAGAACCCUUUCUUCCUAGUCGUUUCUUUGUAUUAUUUAGACUUUUUCUCUAGAAAACUGAACGCUUGUUAUUUGUAAAUUGAGAAACGAUACUCACCUGUGGAGAGGCUGCUGGCCUGUGUUGGCUGGAUGUUUUCCACCCUCAGUUUUUAGUAGCCUGAGCCAUAGAGGAAGACAGAAUGUAGUGUGUUUGGAAGUACAUUUUUGCACAGAGUGUUGCAUACGCAAAGAAAAGUAUUUUAUAAAAUGGAGUAGAAGAAACAGUAGUUUACUUUCUAAAACUAUAUGAUGCCUUAUGCUGCAUCAUGGGCUAAGCUUUCCCAGACAGGAUUGGAAACAUGCCUUCUGUUUUCAGAACACCCACUAAAUUUUAGUAUUUAAUUUACCUGUAAUUACAAGCUAGUUAUUUAACAGAGCUAAGAUAUUAAUUCAGAUCUCUCUCUAGACUUCUAGAGGUCUAGCUAACAAGUUUUUCAGUUCUCUUUUCUCUGGCAAUGUUACAUCAAUAAUUUUCAUUUCAAUCCGUUUCCUAAGUAUCUCCUGUUGGGUGUUCAUCAGCACCAGUAGUCAAGUCUCUGAGUGAGAGUACCUGACAGAGACUUGACUACUGUUAGCCCAAGAGGCCGUCAAUAGCCCAGUGACGUGAGAGGAGUUAUAGCCCUCCUUUUUUAUCUUGACCCCCUCAUCAAGAAACCUCAGCGGGACUAGAAGUGUAGCCUGGAAGUUACAGUGUUUACCCAAAAUGCCCAAGACCCUGUGUUCAAUUCCAAGCCCCACCAAAAGACGGACAAGCUCAGAGAAUUUCCUAGUACCCUCUCUGGUUUGGAACUAGGUGUAAAAGAACCCUGGUCAUUAAACCUUAAUUCAUUGAUGCUCUUGUGAUUUGUACAGUGGAAAAUUAGAAGCGACAUCCUCUCCAGAGCUUUGAGUCCAGACAGGUGCAGUGGUGCAUAUCUGUGGUCCCUGCUGCUCGGGACCGGCCUGGGGACCACAGUAAGUUGUUAUCUUUUAAUUAACGUAGACCUUAGAUAUAAAUCCUUCUGGGUUUUAGCGUCCAGUAGGAUACUGUGCCCUGAUCUGACUCCAUUUCAUCCAAAUUAAUGUAAGUAGAUUGUUCAACACUUUGAAGCAUUAGACUGUGUCCCUACUGAUGAACUUUAUGUCUUGAAGAAUUGAAAGACGUUUUAUGGAAACAAAUAGGAUGACAGAUGAUGGGAAACCUUGCUGUCUUGGGACAGUGACCCUCCCUUACCACUCCAGGUGACACAUUGAAAGGACUCUUUCCCCACUGCUGGGGAUGGAAUUCCGGGCCUUACACACGGUGGGCAAGCUCUCUACCCCUGAGCCACAGCCAGGUCUGGCGUCUUCAAAAUCAGCAUAUACAUUUUCUUUAUGGAAAAUGAGACCAAAGAUUUUGUUUGACACAACUUCUCCUCUGGUUCUUGUUAUUUGGAUUGUUUGUUUUGGUUCGUCUUUAUUUUGCUUGGCCAGUUGGCAGCCACUCAGCACUUGCUGAUUGAAACAUCAUAUUCCAACUAACUGGCUGUUUAUGUUGAAGAAACAGCCUUUCCCAGCCCCGAGCACAAUGCAACUUGUUAAUUUCCAGGCAGUGCCUUUGACUGAAAAUAAUGUCUGCUGCUUUUGAAGUAUAUAUUAUUCCUGGCAUCGUAAGAGGUCAUUUGUUCCUCAUUCAUUGUUUGCAUAAUGCACUAUAAUAUUCAAAUUUUUAAAAAUUAAGGAUAUCGAUUAUGUUUUGUGGCAAGUGUGGCUAUUACACAGCACCAAGACAUCCAUGGCCAACCUUUGUAGAAUCAGUUUCCUUACUAAACAAUGAGUUUUAGCCUGAGAGUUUUUGCUGCUCUAGAUUAGCAAACAAUUAUAAUUUAAAAUUAAUUUCUUUUUAAUUCUAAAAUUAGUUAAAAUUUCUGGUUGAAGGUAGGGUAGAUGCUGUUUAAAAUCCAGAUUUUUACAGCACACCCGUAGAUCUGCAUAGCUCUUCGCUUCAGAGAAGAGACAACACAGUAAUACAUUGGACAUACAGUUAUAAAUGUACUUCAUUGUACCCUUGGGUUUUUUUAUUGUAACACUGUAUGAUAACCUAAAUGUUUACUUGUGCCUUUGCUUUAAAUGAUUAAAAUUUCUCAUUUUGCAA